AGAAACUUGACCAAUACAAUUGUCUAAAAGAUCUGUAUAUUGAGGCACAUGUUUGCACAGCCCCGCAACUCAAACACGUCAAUGUAGCUUCACACAUCAAUGUAUGAAGCUUCACACAUUACAAACAAAGUAUAAAAAAACAUGCCAGUUCCUGCUUUUGGAUUUUCUGUUGGCGACUUCCUGGCCGGGAUCAACCUUAUUAAAAACCUCGUCGAAGCACUUAAUGACACUGCCGGAGCGAAGCCAGCUUAUCAAAAUCUUAUUGCCGAACUGCUCAGCCUUCAGAACGCCUUGACAGAGGCUCAAGGCGUUCAAGUUGAUGAUUCUCGUAUCGACCUGAAGAUUGCUCUGGUACAAGUUGCGUCGCGAUGCCAGUCGAGCAUCGAGAACUUCCUGAAUAAGAACGUUAAGUUCCAGUCUUCACUCGGCGAUCAGCCGACAUCUUCAAAAUUGCAAACCAACCUACACAAGAUUCAAUGGACGCUUUCCAAAGACGAUGCAAUAAAUAAUCUAAGGAAGGAAGUUACAGGAAAUACGCAGACUCUCAAUACACUAUUGAUGACGAUGCAAUUAUCUGCUGCAAAGGAACAUAGAGAAGAUAUCAGGAAAACACGAACCCUUGUAACACAGAGUUAUAACUAUUUGAAGACUCUAGGAGACAGUAUUACUGGAAUAUCUCGAAAGACACAAAGUGGAAUGCUCACUAUUCUCGAUCGCGUCUUGGAGAUCCGCAAAUUGGUUCUGGACGUAAAAACCUUGCAUUUCUCUCUUCCCCCGCAGAUUAACCGUCAGCAACCUGUCUCCUUCGAAGACGCGCAUGGCCGCAUUGUACCGAUUUAUGUCGAAUUUGUUAAUUCAUUCGAUGCCUUCCAGGCAGUGCUCGAAGUCAGGUUUCGCGAUUUACCAGGGUUGAGAAAGGUACAGAAGAUGGAGUACGAGCUCCACGAUUCAGUCUCUAGAAGACGAGUCAACCUUGACAAUCCUUGGGAAUCCAUUUUCCUUCCGGGAAGGAACGUGGCAAUGAGCAUUGUAUUCCGGAGGCCUCAAGCACAAACGUCUUCUUGUCCUGGUUGUCACUCCAGAAAUGAGCUUUAUGGUGCUAAGGCGCGAUCGGAGACUCGCUGCUCCAAUUGCAGUUUGUUAUACCAGUGCAUUGCAGAAGUUGACAUACAACCAGAUACGCUGGCUUCUAAUCAAGAAAUCCCGUCUCAACAGAAACAUGGACUUCAUGACAACACUCGGGCAGAAUUGAAUGACGAUGAGGACGAGAUAUGUCAUUUCAGACGAGUGCAUAUCUUUUACCAGAAAUAUGUACAAGAUAGUCCGAAGAAAUCAGUGCGGAGCGAACUUUCGAAAUGGGAGAGCCGUGUACAGGACCUUAUGCAGAGACUUAGGGAGCGAAUGCCCCCAGGAUCAAGGUCGAACAUGUUUAGUGACGAAAUUUUACAUGACUUGGAGACAACUCGUCAGUGUUUAGAUAUCUGCUCCAAGGCACAGGCUUUAACUGAUGCGGAAAGGCACAAAUGAUGCUUUAUGAUUCUUGUUUUAAACCAGCUACAUAGGAAUUGCAAGUGAUGUGUUAUUUCGCGGUAAA